GCGGCUCAUCGUUUGUUCAUGGCCACCGAGCACCCUACUAAGGAACGAUUCACCAUAACGGAUACCGAAAAAUUAGUAAAUUCACGUCUUAAUAACUGCGAUCAGCCUAAAACCGAUUCCCAUCUGAAACUAAAUGGUUGCUUAGCCAAUAAAGACAAUCCAUGGGUUCGAGCCCCAUGUUCAUCUGGCGAUGGUUCUGAUUCGACUGCAUCCCAUGAGGGUGCUGAUAAUAAAGAUCAAGAUUGGCCAACUCUUCAAAGUGCUCUUUCACAGGUUUCACAAUGCACCAGUAGUACAUUAGAUGCUUUCUCUAAACAUAAGCAAAAAUCUACUGCGGUUGGUUCCUGUCAAGUAGAUUUAGGUUCUAAACCAAUAACCAACCAUCAAAAGAAGAAAUGGGAACAAGCAACUGUUGAAUAUAUUUUUCCAAAACCUAAUGGUGCUGAUGGAUUUGUCGGUUAUCGGUCUGAUUCUCAUCGAUGGAAUCGGUCAGGUGAACAUGAUAAGGAAAAUUAUCAUAAUGGGAAAUCUAAAAUUGAAGCUAAUAGUUCUGCCGAUAAAGAAAGUGUAAAUCAAAACCAUCUCGGUCAACCGGGAACAAAACCUCGUCCAUUUGUUCGUCAUAUGAGGUUCUCAAAAUCUGGUCGACCACAACGUCGACAAAAUACAUCUGGUCCCACUGCAACAGUAGCCAACCGUUCCCUACCUGGCCCCAAGAAUCCGGAACAAACAUACGCUCCAACAAAUUUAUGGGCUCCAAGCGACAUCAGUCUGGUUCCAGACUUGGGUCGUUUAACAACUCAGGGUCGUUCGGCUCCGGGAAGACUUAACAAUGUCCCUCCUCACUUGAUUCCUAUUCCACUAUAUGGGUCAGCACCUCAAACUUCUUCCCUAUCACCUUCAUUUCUUCCAGCUGUUGGAUAUCCGUUCUUAAUGAUAUACCCGACAGGACCUUUAUCAGCACCAGCGACAUCAGGAGUUAAUGAGCCUGUUUAUGAUUAUUCUACUAUUUGCCAAAUGCCACAUUCACCAUCAGUUGGUAUUUCAGGUGUAUCGCAACAACGGUUAACUGAUUCAACAGAACCUAAUUGUAUAGGCCCUCAAAUUUUCAAUCCUCCUUUAGCUACUGAAUUAAACAAUGUCUUUUCUUCUUUAUUUCCGGGCACAACUAUUGCCCAACCGGCUAAUCUGUGUUUCCUCGCCUCUUCAAGCAAUGAUCCGACAAUCUUGAUACGUCAUCAAAUAUUGCAUCAAGUUGAAUUCUAUUUCAGUCCAGAUAAUUUGACUAGAGAUGUAUAUCUUCGUCGACAAAUGGAUUCUGAUGGAUGGGUUGAUGUCAAUGUGAUUGCUAAAUUUAAUCGUGUGGCGUCAUUAUGUGCAGAUUUGAACGAUAUUUUAGAGGCAAUCCGAGUUAGUCCAUUAUUAGAUGUCGAUGUGCCGAAAGCUCGUGUCCGGUGCAAAAACAAUCCAUCAAUUUGGGCUCUUCCUCCUCCCUCGAAAGAGAAAUUUCAAACCAGCUCCAAGAACACCACAGUUCUUAAUCCAGAUGCCCCCGAAUUCAUCCCAUCCCAACCAGUGACCAACACAAACCCACCAGAAUCCACGUCAGAAUCUGUAACAAAAUCAGAUGCUAUCCCCGUCAAUUCAACAACACAAGAAGAUUUAAACUUUACUUUUUCUAAUGAACCACAUUCUUCUGUCCAUGGUAACCUGCCACCGCAAUCUUUAGAGUUAAAACGCACUCGAUCAAGUUAUUCCGAAUGUGAUAAAUACUCUUCUACUUACCAUUGUCGAACGAGAACAUCAUCCGCUAACUCAGAGGAUGAUUUGGACGAUUCUAUGCUUUCUUGUUUAUUGGUAAUUGCUCCAAACACAUCCUGUGAUCCUGUACCGCCUAGUUGCAGUAGCUUGGAUGAAAAUGCACAUAAUGACAAUUCCAAACCUUCAGAAUUCCCUUCCACUAUCAACGGCUCUACUGAUGAAACCAUUGAAACUAUUAUUGAUGAUCUUUGCAAAGCUAUCGAUGGAUCCAAUGUACAUUCUGAUACAAAUUUUACAGAAUCCAAUGUAACCAGCGCAGUUGAAAACAAAACUUCUACGUGUACAAAAACAGUUUCCUCUUCUUCAACUUCUACUCCUACUUCUACUACUUCUACUACUUCUUGUACAUCUACUUCCGAUAUUUCAGCGACUACUACUAUCCCAGUUCAUUCUAACAACUCACUUGUACAGUAUGAUCAUCAACAAUCUGUGUCGGAAGCUGCUUCACUGCACUCUGUAUCAUUGUCAUCGGCUUCACUUUAUUCAGAAUCCAGCUUACCAUAUGUACAUCCUUCAAUUCCUGGUCCACUUGCUUAUACAGUAAUACCGACAGCUACGGCUAUGCAUCCACAAACUGGAUUUCUAUUGCCAACAUUUGGUCGAACACCAUUUUUAACACCGACACCUCCAAUGUAUUACAUUCCUCAAUUUGGCGCUAUACCUUUGGUUUCGCCAAUCGACAAUGUAUUUCCUCAAAUUCCUGUAUGCCAACCAUCACCAUUGUCUUUCUUAAAUUAUACACAGAAUCAUUUACCAUUACCUAGCAUGAAAUAUGAUUUGAAAGGUCGUACUGCUGGAUUUUUCCCUGUUUCCAGUGAUUAUGAUGUGAAACCGAAUGAGUCAACUAGUACUGGUGAUACACAAAACGAUCAUCCUGUCACUGCGACAGAAACUGACGACUCACCAUGUAAUAAGAAAAAACAUGUUGGAUUUCUAUUUCGUCCGGAUUCUGCUGCUCGUGGCCAAUUCGAUGUUUCGUUGAGUAGCGGUUUGUCAGCUGCUCAUCAUCAUCAUCAAUAUCAUCCUCAUCCUCAUCAUCCACAUCAUCAUUUACUUCAACAAAAAGGUUUCACAUUUCAUGCCUACAAUCAAUUUCGUGCGAAAUGCCUGAAAGAUCGUGAAGUUAAAGGCAAAGGUCAAUCACAGGAAAUGAAUACUCUGUAUAGUUUUUGGUCAUUUUUCCUACGUGAACAUUUUAAUCAAACAAUGUACAAAGAUUUUCGUCGUCAUGCAUUGGAUGAUGCAAAAGAGAAGGCGAGAUAUGGAUUGGAGUGUUUGUUUCGAUUUUACAGUUACGGAUUAGAGCGUUGUUUUCGUAGGGCUAUUUUUAAAGAUUUCCAGGAGGAAACUCUGAAAGACUAUGAUGAAGGUCAUUUGUAUGGAUUAGAAAAGUUUUGGGCUUUCUUGCAUUAUAGUCAACGUAAAGUGAAAUUGGAUGCACGUUUACAAAAAUUGUUAGAUUCCAAAUAUCGUACAUUGAACGACUUCAGAAUCAAUUUUGAACCACCUACUGGCUUUUUUGUCAAUAAAUCACGUCGUCGAACCAAAUCCGAGUGUACAUCCACAUGUCAAAGUAAAUUGGUACUGAGUAGUACAAGAACACCACCUGCAGAAUUUCAUCAUUCGAUUAGCAUGUCUUGAUGAAAUGCUCAUAGUUACUUCAUCUAUAAUUUAAUAUUACGCAACAACAAACAAGCAAAAAACAAUCUUACUUUUAUGCUCAUCAGUCGUUGAACAUCAAUCUAAUUCUUCUAGCCUGUAGACAAUGCAAAAGCUGCUCUAUUCACUCAAUCUCUAAUUGAUGCUUCAUUAUUAAGAUCAACAAUCUUCACAUAGUUGAUUUGUUUCGGUCCGGUGCUGUUGUUGUUCCUAUUAUACAUAAAUAUAUUAUUCUUUCUCUUGGUUUUUUUCCAUAUCAUAAUUGCCAUCGUAAUUUCACUACUAAUACACUAUGAAUUACAAUUACA